CGGGGGCGGGGGGGGGGGCUUGGCGACCGGGACGGAAGAACAGGGAAAGGCGGGGACGCGCCAGGAACUAGCGUAGCUUCUGCCGUUAGUGCACCUCUUUCCCUGCUAAGCACCGACUCCCCCGUCAGCCUCCAUGCGGUGUCGUGUGUGCACUUUCCCAGUCUGCUUGAGAGUGAAGAUCUCGAGGGAUUUCAUAGGUAUUUUUUUCUUUGCUAUGUCAUCGUAGUCAGUGGUGGCAGAAAAGCGCUGAAGGCCCGGCUCGUUAGGCUUGAGAGGGGCCAAAGUGUUUCAUUUAGAUUUGGGGGCAGUUCACCCUGUGGCGAGUUAGGGUGAAAUGUUUGCCCUUGGGACGGUGUAACGGAAAGGCACGGAGGUUGGGCGGUCCAGGUUAAUUUGAAGGCUGAUUUUGGCUGAAGGUCUGGCGACAGCAUCGGAUCCCACGUAGCAACUUUGGCCUGACGCGAAAGAAGGAAGCUCUGACCCCUGGGAGGAUGGACAAAGGCUUUGGGUAUAGAAGCGAUGCCUUCGGAUGAUCCCCGUUUGAGGAUGGAUGGAUGGAUGUUAUGGGAAAUCCUGUGCCAUGUGGAUUCGUCUUCAUUUACGGUUCCUACUGGGGACUUUGGCUCUGUGCCGUCAUUGCUUUGGUUUUUAUUUUAAUCACCUGCAUCAGAAAAGGAUAAAAGGCACAUCGUCAUAAAGAAUCCUUGUGGACUGGGGUAGAUUAUUUUCUUCAGGGAAAGACAUGCGUUUAGAAUUUGAAUGUGCUUCAUCAAAACUUUAGGUUUUUAAGAAAUAGUCGCAGUGUUCUGUCCCUCAGUACGUCUGGCAAAUGACUUACUGUUCUCUAGUUAAAAUAGAUGGAUCUGAGAUAAUAACUAUUUAAAUUUAGCCUUCCUCCCAUUUCCCUUUCAGGCUUGAUUAGAAGAUGCACAUUACGUGUUGUUUUGUGAUACUGUGAUCAGCUGGGAUUCAGUUGCAUAAAAUCACAAUUAUUUAAAAUGAGCUUGCUAAUUUAAGUUACUUCCCCUUAAAUGAGCUUUUAUAACCCACUUCCUUCUUUUCAUAGGUUAGAAGUUCUAACAGAUCACUGUCUUUAAAUCAGCAAUAGUCACAAAAAUACUUUUGUUGCUGUCAUAAGAAAAAUUUUAAGUGCAGAGUACUUUAGAGUAUUUUUGUGUUUUGCUUUUUGUGUAACGUUUUAAGAAUAGACUUUCUGAGGAAUUUGAGGAAAUAACAUGGAAACCGCAGGAAAGGUGCUCAUUUUGAGAGCUGGUCUCUUAGAGGUGGUCUUCUAGGUGUGUUUUUGUAGGAGGACAAAUGGUACAUUACCCUACUAUCUCAAGGGCAAAAAAGUUUAAGCAGUAGUUUUAUUUCGCUGUGGCAAAUAAGAAGAAAAAUUUUAUAUAAUCUACUUGAAUUGGAAUUCAUAAAUUUGUACUCGUGGAACUACUUAGCUAAAAUAUUGUUUUUAAAUUAGGGAGGAUAAAUUACAUCACAUUUUUUGAAUUUAACAAUAAUUACUCCUUGAAAUGUCAGCGUUUCUUGUAGAUUUAUUUAUGUUACCUUUUAAAGUUUUAGAAAAAGUUUAGGAGGGACAAAAUAAUGUUUAUUACAUUGCUUUCUAAAGUACUUUAAAAGUGAAAAAUAGGCUAAGUCAUUUUGCAAAGGAAGGAGUCUUGGAACGUUAAUUUGGGUAACUAUUCCAGAAGCCAUUUACAGUGUUUGUUAAAAUGUUGAUGUGGGUAUUGGUUUGUUGAGGAAACUAAACUUACACUCUUUUUUUGGUACUGUGCAGAUUUUCAAAUAGACUGUUUUUUAGAACAGUAUUUUAGGGUCACAGUAAUACUGAGUGGAAGGUACAGAGAUUUCCCAUUUGCCCCCUGCCCCCACCCAUACCAUGCAAAUAUUUUAAUAGUAACCCUCAUUAAUAUUUUUAAUAUCAGUUUGGCAUGGAUAAUUUAGAUGUGUAAAAUGUGCCAAUUAAUUUCUUGAUAUGUUUGUUAGUGUAGCUUGUAGUUUAAAAAGUUUAAUCUGUGGACCUUUUUCAAAGGAAGAUAAACUUUGCAGUGUUCAAAGAACAUGUCUUCUGACACCACUUUGUAGAAGAGAGGGACUUUAAGUUUAAGUUGCUUUUACAGAAUUAACAGGUCUCCAAGAAAUAAAAAAAAAAGGUCAUUAUUGCUGUGGUUUGAGCUCAGCAUGGCUGUAGUCAUCCGUUUACUGGGGCUUCCUUUUAUUGCGGGGCCUGUGGAUAUUCGUCACUUCUUCACGGGAUUGACUAUUCCUGAUGGAGGAGUGCAUAUAAUUGGAGGGGAAGUUGGGGAGGCUUUUAUUAUUUUUGCAACAGAUGAAGAUGCAAGACGUGCCAUAAGUCGUUCAGGAGGGCUUAUCAAGGAUUCAUCUGUAGAGCUGUUUCUUAGUAGUAAGGCAGAAAUGCAGAAGACUAUAGAAAUGAAAAGAACUGAUCGCAUGGGAAGAGAGCGACCAGGAUCUGGGGCAUCAGGGGUUGGCAGCUUAUCUAAUUUUGUUGAGGCUGUUAAAGAAGAAGCAAGUAAUUCUGGAUAUGGCUCUCCAAUUAAUCAAGACGCUGGGUUUCAUACUAAUGGUACAGGACAUGGUGAUUUAAGGCCAAGAAAGACACGGCCAUUGAAGGCUGAGAAUCCUUACUUGUUUCUGCGAGGUUUGCCUUACUUAGUAAACGAAGAUGAUGUACGUGUUUUUUUCUCUGGUUUGUGUGUGGAUGGAGUAAUUUUCUUAAAGCAUCAUGAUGGCCGAAAUAAUGGUGAUGCCAUAGUAAAAUUUGCUUCAUGUAUUGAUGCUUCAGGAGGUCUUAAAUGUCAUAGAAGUUUUAUGGGCUCAAGAUUUAUAGAAGUAAUGCAAGGCUCAGAACAACAGUGGAUUGAGUUUGGAGGUAAUGCAAUUAAGGAGGGUGACAUUCCUAUGAGGACUGAAGAACAUUCUCCACCAAGGGGAAUUAAUGAUAGACAUUUUUGGAAACGAUCGCAUUCAAAAUCUCCCAGAAGAACACGCUCUCGUUCUCCUCUUGGAUUUUAUGUUCACUUAAAAAAUCUGUCCCUAAGUAUUAACAAAAGAGAUUUAAGGAAUUUCUUUAGAGAUACUGAUCUGACUAAUGAACAGAUUAGGUUUUUAUAUAAAGAUGAAAGAAGAACAAGAUACGCCUUUGUGAUGUUCAAGACUCUGAAAGACUAUAACACUGCUCUGGGUUUGCAUAAGACUGUUUUACAGUACCGUCCAGUUCAUGUUGAUCCAGUUUCUAGAAAACAAAUGCUGAAGUUCAUUGAAUGUUACGAAAAGAAAAGACCAGCAUCAGCAGAGAAAGAAAGGCUUGGACACGUUUCACAAAAACACUCUCAAGAAGGCUACUCUGGCCAGAAACUGUGCAUAUAUAUAAGAAAUUUUCCAUUUGAUGUUACGAAAGUUGAAGUACAGAAGUUCUUUGCAGACUUUAAUCUUGCUGAGGAUGACAUUUACUUGCUUUAUGAUGACAAAGGAGUUGGUCUGGGAGAAGCAUUGGUGAAAUUCAAAUCAGAAGAACAGGCCAUGAAAGCUGAACGUUUAAACCGGCGAAGAUUCUUGGGGACAGAGGUAUUGUUGAGGCUCAUAUCCGAGGUACAAAUGCAGGAGUUUGGUGUAAAUUUUUCUUCAAUGUCCAGUGAGAGAAUGCAUGACCAUACACAGUCAUGUGAUAGAGAUGAUUAUCCUCAUUUAUUUGACUCAGAUGAUCUACCAGUAUACUCAGCUGGCCCUUCUGAAAACUUUAGGCAUCAGCAAGAGGACUUGAGGCAACUGGACAAUUUUAAGCAUCUCCAGGGAGAUUUCCGACCGCCUGAUAGGCGGCCUCCUGAAGAUUUUAGGCAUUCCCCGGAGGACUUCAGGCGCUCCCCGGAAGACUUCAGGCACCUUCGGGAGGAACACUUCAGGGGGCCUCCUGAGGAGGACUUAAGGCGCCCUUGGGAAGAGGAGGAUUUCAGGUACCCUCGGGAGGAGGACUGGAGGCGGCCACCUGAAGAUGAUUUCAGGCGGCCUCCCAAGGAAGACUUCAGGAGACCCCCCGAGGAGGACUGGCGAAGGCCCCCAGAGGGAGACUUCCGGCGGCCACCAGAGGAGGAUUGGAGGCGGCUUCCUGAGGAGGACUUCAGACGGCUUCCCCCUGGGGAAUGGAGGCGACCACCUGAGGAAGGCUUCAGGCGGCCCCAUGAGGAGGACUUCAGGCGACUUCCAGAGGAAGACUUCCAGCGACCACCUGAAGAGGACUUCAGGCGGCCCCACGAGGAGGACUUCAGGCAUUCUCCUGAGGAGGAUUUCAGGCGUUCUCCUGAGGAGGACUUUAGGAGGCCACCCCCGGAGCACUUUCGGCGGCCACCCCCGGAGCACUUCCGGCGGCCACCCCCGGAGCAUUUCCGGCGGCCUCCCUCGGAGCACUUCCGGCGGCCACCCCCGGAGCAUUUCCGUCGGCCGCCCCAGGAACAUUUCCGUCGGCCGCCCCAGGAACACUUCCGGCGGCCGCCUCAGGAGCAUUUCAGGCGGCCUCCCCAGGAGCAUUUCAGGCGCCCACGAGAGGAAGAUUUUAGGCAUUCGCUGGAUGAAGAUUUCAGGGGCCCUCCGGAUGAAGAGUUUAGGCACCCUCCUGAUGAGGACUUCAGGAGUCCUCAGGAGGAUGAUUUCCGGUGCCCUUCUGAUGAGGACUUCAGGCGGCUCCCAGAGGAAGACCUCAGGGAAGCUCCGGAGGAGGACCCUAGACUUCCUGACAAUUUUAGACUUCCUGGUGAGGAGUUGAGGAGCCCCCCUGAUGAUUUUAGAGGUCAUCGCCCUUUUGUGAAUUUUGGUCGCCCAGAAGGAGGCAAGUUUGAUUUUGGAAAGCGUAAUAUGGGAAGUUUUCCUGAGGGGAGAUUUAUGCCUGAUCCAAAAUUAAAUUGUAAUUCAGGUAGAGUAACACCUAUUAAAAUAAUGAAUCUUCCAUUUAAGGCUAAUGUUAAUGAAAUUCUAGACUUUUUCCAUGGUUAUAGAAUCAUACCUGAAUCCGUUUCAAUACAGUAUAAUGAUCAAGGAUUACCUACAGGGGAAGCCAUUGUUGCCAUGAUAAACUAUAACGAAGCUAUGGCUGCUAUUAAAGAUCUGAACGAUAGACCAGUUGGCCCCCGCAAAGUUAAGUUAAUUUUGCUCUAGAGAGCAUUUCUACCUUCAGUUACCUCCCCACAGUAUUGAUGCAGUAAAAUGCAAUUUUUAAGUGUUUAUUUUUAAUUAUCUAAUGAAAAACAUUUUAAUUUUGAUCUGUGAAUAGAACAAAUGUAAAUACUAGACUGUGAAUCUGGUUUUCUUUUGCUUGCAAAUUGCCGUUCAUUUUUUCUAAUUUAAAAUCAUAUGGUUUUUUUGUUUUUUGGUUUUUUUUGACUGGAGGAGAGAACUAUUUCUCUGAGUGCAUUUCUGUUGAUGUCAUGGGUAAACCUCAAGACUUGUAUAAAGUAGAACUGUAUUUGGGGAAGGUAAAUUUUAUAUUCACUUUUGUUUCCAUUUUGUAGUCUGCAUCAUUUUACUCAGACUGUGUAAGGAAAUGGUCAGUGACUGAUUGUUCAGGGUUAGCAUGUUCAUUGCUAACUGCCUGCAUAAUUAAUGCCCUCUUCCUUGUCUUGAGUUAUUACUGUGUUAAGCCUCCCAUUAAUCAUAAGUAGUUCAAAAUGGACAGACUGUGAACUUGAAGUUUACUUAUGUAAAAAGUUUAGGAGAUUCUUAAAGUUUCCAUGUUCAAUACUUUCAAAGUUUUAUAAAAAUAAAAAAAUUGCAACCAAA